AUGGGGGUCAAGCUCUUGAAGAGAAUGGGCUGGCGAGAAGGCCAGGGAAUUGGGCCCAAGAUACGGCGCAAAGCCAAAUUGGAUGAAACUACUGCGGCUUCUGGCGAUGCUUCGGAGCAAACGUAUCUCUUUGCACCAGACAAUCCACCAAUGGUGGCAUUCAUCCGCAAAACAGACCACAAGGGCCUGGGAUUCGAGGGCGAAACACGCUUGGGAGGAGCUGAGAUAUCUCGGGAAGAGCCUGAGGACUCGGACUCGUUCUUUGGUGGUCGUCUCGCCACCCAAGAAAAACCGGCCGCACCAGCGAAGAACUCUCGACGAGGUGGCUUCGGCGUUGGCAUCCUCAAUGAUACUGGAUCUGACGAUGAAGACCCUUACUCGCUAGGUCCGCAAAUAUCCUACAACCGAACCAUCGGCGGCGACAAGAAGAAAAAGAAGAAAGGGAAGGUGGAGGACAGCAAAUCCGCCAUCGGAUCAUCCAAUCCGUUACUAAAUACUAAGCCUGUCUUCAUCUCCAAAAAGGUUGCGGCCGCCCGGAGUGCAGGAGGGUUUCGGAAAUGCCGCGAUGGACGAUUGCCGCUGGACGGAUUCGUCCUGGCUGACAGCCUAUCCGGCCUGUCAAUCUCAGAGAGGAAGUAUGAAGCUCCUGUCAUCCCGGAGGGCUGGGCGUCUGCCAAACAACCUACGUCAACAGACCGAGACCCGUCGGAUUACGUCUCUACAGCCGAUGCCGCUAAGGCGUCAUCCCUGAAUCCAACAUCUCGUGCAGCAGCUCUCGGCGAGGCUCAACUACCAGGGAAGUCCAUCUUCGACUGGAUGACUCCUGAAGCACGGGAGAGGAUCGUGAAGCUCACAGGGAAAACCAACCUCCCCCCGGCUUUGAGUGAAGGCGCCCCGAAAGGUUAUGAAAUCUCUGAAUCUCAAAAACGAAAGGAUUUGUGGGACCUCGUCCCGAAACUGGACAAACAGAUCGCCGUGCAGGCCUUGACCCGUGCCGUCAGCGGCUGGAUGCCCUAUUCAGAAGACGAGGCCAAGCGGGCGCGUUACCGCACAUUCCUCGAAAUCAGAGCGGAAGUUCGCGACUCUCUUCCAGAUCGAAUUCCCGGUUCCAGCACCGAUGACUGGGUGAACGAGAUGCACGAGUUCGCCCGAGCCGCUGAAGUCUUCAAGCCCAUGUCCGGAGUCAUGGCAUCCCGGUUCACGUCGGCGUCCUCGGGACCUAAGCUAGCCUCAGAUGCACCCGAUUCCUCGACCGAACAUCCGCUCACCCGACCGUCUGAGAAAGUCGAUCCUCCUGCCGUAGCGGCUGCAAAGAUUGGCAUGUUCGGGCCGAUGACCCGAACCUCUCUCUCCUUCUAUCCUGCUCGUCUUCUCUGCAAACGCUUUAAUAUCAAGCCCCCCGCUCAUGUUCAACUCGACCCGGGUGAGCAGCCAGGAAGGUCCGAUGCUGGGCCGGGUCCCCGUUUCCAAUCCGGUGGCUACGAGACCGACGCGGGCCGCAAAGAACUUGUCUCGCAGGAGGUGAUGAAUAUGAUCAUGAUGGAGUCUGGGCGCCAAUCCUCCACUGCUAGCUCAGAUCCCGGGGGGUCUGGGCCUCAGCUUACACCGAAGGCACCGCCUGCACCAGCCGUGGAGCCCGAACGGAACGAAGCGUUGGAGGCACAACGACCAGGUGAUGCUGUUUUCAAGGCCAUUUUCGGCUCUGACGACGAAGACGAAGAUUAG